AUGUUUUCCACUAUUCAACAUCUAUUGCUCAUAUGCCGACAUAUAAACCGAUUCUCUUCAUCAUCAUCAUCAUCGAUGAAAUUAGGUUUAGCAAUGAAACAAUUGAUUGAUUCGAAACAAUAUGAAAAAGUUCUAAAGUUAUAUGCUGAAAAUUGUAAAAGCUGCAAUCAUUUCAGUAUCGAUAUGACAUUAAAAGCAUGUAUUAAAUUAAAUGAUGAUCAACAUGUUAAAACUAUUGAAAAAAAUCUUACAAAAGAAUUAUUGAAUAAUCCUUUUGUUCAAACAUCGCUUCUUCAGUUUUAUAUACAACGUGCUGAUAUUGAUCAAGCAUUGAAUAUAUGUUCUAGAAUUGAUAAAAAAUCAAAUUAUCUUUAUACAGUUCUUUUCAAAGGUUUAAUUGCACAUAAUAAAUCAGAGAAUGUACUUGAUCUAUAUGAUAAAAUGACAAUUAAACCUGAUGAUUUUACAUUAACUGUAAUAUUUAAUGCAUGUACUCAACUUGCCAAUGAACGUGCCAAGAUAAUUGGAAACAAACUUUUGAAUCAAAUAUUGAAUAAAGAUUUAACUAAUAAUGUUAUUCUAUUAACUUCAGCAAUAAAUAUGUUAAUGAAUUUUGGUGAAGUUAAAGAUGCUGAAAGACUUUUUCAGUUAAACAAGAGUAAAGAUACAAUAAUUUAUGGUACAAUGAUGAAAGGAUAUAACAACAAUGAUCAACCAUUAAGAUCUUUACAACUUUUUCAACAAAUGAAAAAUGAAAAGAUUAAACUUGAUGAAAUUAAAUUUCUUUUACUUAUUAAUGCUUGUUCACAAAUUGGAAUUUUAUCAAUAUGUCAACAAUUGGUUGAUCAAAUUCCUUCACAUUGCUUUAAUAAUAUACAAAUAAAUACUUCAUUGAUUGAUAUGUGGGGAAAAGCUGGUUCAGUUAAAAAUGCGCAACACAUAUUCGAAUCAAUCAAAAAUCCUGAUAUCAUAAGUUAUAAUACAAUGAUUAAUGCAUACGGACUUAAUUUUAUGGGUUUAGAAGCAGUUAGACUAUAUGAAAGAAUACCAAAUCAUUUACAUAGUGAAAUUUCAUAUAUUUGUGUAUUAAAUGCAUGUUCUCAUUCGGGUCUUGUUCAUCAAGCUUAUCAGAUCUUUAAUCAAAUUCCAAACAAAACAGAAAGAAUUAUUACAACAAUGGUUGAUUGUUUAAGUCGUCUUUUUCUAUUUGAUGAAGCACAAAAGUUAAUUGAUGAAUAUGAAAAAACCAAUCUUCCUUCUGUGUUUAUGUACAUGACAAUAUUAUCUGGCGUACGUAAUCAUCGCAAUUCUGUUUUAUCCGAAAAAAUCUAUGAAAAGAUGAAGGUUUUAUUUCCUAAUGAAAAGGACAGAAUGAUAUCUGGUUCUAUUCUUCUUGGUAAUAUAUAUAACUCAUUGGGUGAUUCAAACCGAGCAGAAGAGAUUCGAUCAAAUCGAAGAAAGAACUUUGGUAACGAACUUAAACCAGGAUUAUCAUGGACUGAAGUAAAUGGAGAAAUUGUGGAAUUCAAAGCUCAUGAUCGAUCCCAUCCUCGAUCAAAAGAAAUUUAUGAAGAACUUAAUAAAAUCUCCUCUGAAUUAAUUGCUUAUGGACAUGAAUAUGAUGCAACUUGGAUAACUCGUUCAUUACGUGAAGAUGAAACUGUUGAAUCAGUUUUAUGUGGUCAUAGUGAAAAAUUAGCUAUUGCGUUGAAUUUUGUUGCUCGAACAAAUCCCGCACUCAUUCAAAUCACUGAAAAUCUUCGAGUUUGUGGUGAUUGUCAUAACGCAACAAAAUUAAUAGCAAAAAUUCGAAAAUGUCAAAUCAUUGUUCGUGAUAGUAAUUGUAUUCAUCAUUUUCACACAAAUGGACAAUGCUCUUGUCAAGAUCAUUUUUAA